AAAGACUCGGUGUUUCUCGCUGCCUGAGAACGAACUCUGCUUUCUUUCUUUUUUUUUUUUUUUUUCCAGAUAAGAACCUCUUAACCAUAGUAGAAAGAUGGACAACUAUGAAUCACCUUUAUUUUGUGGAUUGUGAUUCUCAGAUGGGAAUACCAGGGGCACAGAUGAAAAUGGCGAGUGACCUGGCUUUCCUUCUGCUUGACUUCCUCGUCUGCCUCGUCCUAAUCCAGCUGCUCGCUCCUUGCUCAGCUCACUUUGCUGUACAUGGACCCCCUGGGCCCAUCCUGGCCAGGGUAGGUGAAGACGCUGAUCUGCCCUGUCACCUGUCCCCGACAAUGAGUGCAGAGACCAUGGAGCUGAGGUGGGUGAGAUCCAGCCUUAGGCAGGUAGUGAACGUGUAUGCCAAUGGAAAGGAAGUGGAAGACAAACAGACUCCAGAGUAUCGAGGGAGAACUUCCAUUCUACAAGAUGACAUCACUGCAGGGAAGGCUGUUCUCCGAAUACACAACGUCACAGCCUCUGACAGUGGAAACUACCUGUGUUAUUUCCACGAUGGCAACUUCUAUGAAAAGGCCAUGGUGGAGCUGAAGAUAGCAGCAAUGGGUACUGAUCUUCACAUGGAAAUGAAGGGUUAUAAGGAUGGAGGGAUCCACCUGCAGUGCACAUCCACUGGCUGGUACCCCCAGCCCCAAGUGCAGUGGAGAGAUGCCAGAGGGGACAUCCUUCCGACUUUGGCAGCACCUGUGGUUGCUGACAGAGCGGGCCUGUAUGCAGUGGCAGCAUCUGUGAUCAUGAGAAGAAGUUCUGGGGAGGAGGCAUCCUGUACCAUCAGAAAUUCCCUCCUCCAGCAGGAGAAGACAGCCAGGAUUUCCAUCGCAGACCCUUUCUUCAAGAGCGCUCAGCCCUGGAUCACUGCCCUGGCCUGGACCUUGUCUGUCUCGCUGCUACUUCUAUCAGGGGCAGCUUACUUCCUGUGGCGACGACAACAGGAAAAAAAGACUCUGUUCAAGGAAAAAAAGAGAGAGCAGGAAAUGAGAGAAUUAGCACAGAGCACAAUGGAGCAGGAACGAAGCGCAAGAGAGAAGCUGGAGGAUGAACUCAAAUGGAGAAAAAUCCAGUACAUGGCUUGUGGGGGAAAGUCUCCAGACUAUGAUCAAUGGAAAGCGGCCCUCUUCCAAGCUGCGGAUGUGAUCCUGGAUCCAGAUACAGCAAACCCCAUCCUCCUUUUGUCUGAGGACCUGAGGAGUCUGCAGCUUGCAAAAGAGAAGCAGGACCUGCCAGACAUACCUGAGAGAUUUAAUUGGCAUCACUGUGUGCUUGGCCGUGAGAAUUUCACAUCAGGGAGACAUUACUGGGAGGUGGAGGUGGGGGACAGGAAAGAGUGGCACAUCGGGGUAUGUAGGAGGGAUGUGGAGAGAAAAGGUUGGGUCAAAAUGACACCUGAGAAUGGAUUCUGGACCAUGGGACGGUCUGAUGGGAAUAACUAUCGGGCUCUCACUGACCCCAGAACAAAACUGACGCUUGCUGAGCCCCCUGAAAAAGUGGGUGUUUUCCUGGACUAUGAGACUGGGGAGGUCUCAUUCUAUGAUGCCACAGAUGGAUCUCAUAUUUAUACCUUCCCACAUACCUCCUUCUCCGGGCCUCUGUAUCCUGUUUUCAGAAUUUUAACUUUGGAGCCCACUGCACUGACCAUUUGUCCAGCAUCAAAAUUCGUGGAGAGUUCCCAUGUCCCUGACUUAGUUCCGGACCUUUCUCUGAAAACCCCAGUUACCCCAAGCUUAGCUAAUGAAACUACUGAGCCUCAGGGUGAAGUGAUGUGUCUGCUUCUCCCUGCACAGUCUGGAGAUGAAGGUCUUCCUUUGCACAGCAGCCAUCACAACCAUGAAUCUAUGUGCAGACACUGAAGCACUUUACUGAUAGUUAUUCAGUUAUUUCAUAUGACAGUGGUUCCAUCUUGGUGUCCCCUUUACUGUCCCCUUUGUACAGGUAAGGGGACUGCACAAAAGUGAAUUAACUUUCCAAAGGUGACAUGGCUGGGAGCUGAACAACAAUAACCACCAUUUAUAGAGAACACAAAAUAUACUGGUUGCUGUGCUACAUGCACUAAGUAGAUUUCAUGCAUGUAUCCCUCAGAACGCCCUCUGGGGUAGUUUCAUUUUGCAGAUGUGGCAGCUGAGGCAGAGCAAAAUUAAAUCACUUCAAUAGCUCAUGAAAUAAGUUGUGCAGCUGGGAGAUACUCAGCCUUGGGCCUUGACCACCUGUCUGUUCUUUUCUAGCUUCAUUUUCUGCACAGGAAGGGACCAUGCGCAUACCUGAGGUUCUCUUUCCAGAGAGGCCAGAGGAUAGGGAUCAUUCUAGGUGACUGCAGCCAUCGCACCCUUCCUGAGUCAUUCCCAGCUGAUUGUCAGAGCCUUACACCCAGCACUCUUUGGGGCUGGCCUUGCAGGGUGUCUUUCAGAGAAAAAACUCCCUAUAACUGUGUCACACAUUGCUGCAGAAGGGACUAGAGGCCAAACUCUAAAUUAAUAAUAGCAUAGCACGGGUGUUGCCACUCCAUCAAUGUGGUAAGUGAUCCUAUGUUGCUGGUUUCCAGGAAUUGUGGCUAAUAACCUAAAGAUUGUCAAUGAAACAAGAAUUUGGGAGGAAAGAAGCAAGAAGAAUAUCGGGGUAUAGUUAAUGUCACUGUGGAAUCCAUCUGCAGGAAAGGGAUAUAUUUACUCUGAUCAUUGUGAAUAUGAAACCACUAUUCCUUUCAACUGAAAGAUGCUAGGAUGAAAGCAUCUUUCUUUUUUUUUUUGUAGAGACAGAGUCUCACUUUAUGGCCCUCGGUAGAGUGCCGUGGCCUCACACAGCUCACAGCAACCUCCAACUCCUGGGCUUAAGCGAUUCUCUUGCCUCAGCCUCCCAAGUAGCUGGGACUACAGGCGCCCGCCACAACGCCCGGCUAUUUGUGGUUGCCGUUUGGCCGGGGCCAGGUUUGAACCCGCCACCCUCGGUAUAUGGGGCCGGCGCCUUACCGACUGAGCCACAGGCGCCUCCCGAAAGCAUCUUUCUGAAUCAGCAUCAACUGAAAGAUGUUCUUACUUACCAUAUCUGUUAUUGUUCAUCACUGUAUCCCCUCUUCCUAGCAUGUAGUUGUCAUGUUUUAUUUGUACAAUAAAAUUGUUAGUAAU